UUUUAAGAAGUGAUUAUUCAGCCAUUUUCAAAUUCCUGAAAUUGUUAUGUAUGUAGACCAUGGAGACCAGUGCGACGGGCAGGAAGCCACGUACUGCUUGAACGGAGGGACGUGCUAUAAAAUACUCUCCAUGGACACGCUCUCUUGCGUAUGCAAUGAAAGUUACAAAGGCAGCCGGUGUGAGCAGUUCCAACUCUUCAGCGCCACCAGCAACGCAACAGAAGCAGGGUUGAUUGCAGCCCUGGUCAUCGUUGCUCUCCUAAUCUUAGCGUUGCUGGCAGUCGUCAUCUACUUCAUGCGCAGGGUGUUGAAAACCAGACAACAGAGCCAACAGAACAAUCCGACAGCGUACUGGAGAGUAAAACCCAGAGUAUGAUCUUCUGAUUUACAUGCGUUUCUCUUUUCGCGGAGUUAUGGCUGCAGACAGCAGCCACUAAACAGCUGUAACGUAAGGGGCAACUCCUCGCACUCAAUUAACGACCACUAAAAGUUAUUAUUUCCACUGCAGAGAACGAACUCUCUUUUUGUUAUUGUGCGUGUAAUUCUUGUGUGUCAUUGAGAAAACCAAAAUCAGUGUGGAAACUAAGCUAAGAAUAAGAAACCGUUUUAAUAACACUAAGCCGAGCUUUCUGUUCUCAGAUGGACUCAAACAUAAACUCUACUCACACUAAGACAGUGAGCAGUUGCCCAGAACGAUCCCAUCACAGCAUGUUUGGCAGCUGCCGUUUGCAGCGUUGUUGCUCAAUACUGGAUCAGUUGUACAUAACGUUGUCCCCAUUAGUCGCUGAGACACAAAAACAUGGGAAAAACAGGGUCACGGUUGAAAAAUACCAAGUUUAUCCUGUCAAGUCAAGAGCCGACGAACACCUCAUGAGAUUUUUUUGAGUCCACAACCUUUGGUUUAAAAAGAUGGAACUGGUGUCACUCACAUCACAUUUCAAUCUGUGCUUUAGCUGAUAUGUACGAAGCAUGGUUGUAAUAUCGGAAAUAUUAUUCUCAAUAUUGAGUUAUGAAAUAAUCCUUGUGUCAAUUGAUGAAUAUGCUCAAUAUCCUAUUAAAUAUUUAAUAAGGUUUGUGAUAAUAUAUCCAACGAACCCCACUGACUGAUUUUCUGGUGACGGUGACACACACACACACACACACACACACACACACACACACACACACACACACACACACACACACACACAGGUCACUGUCCUUCCUCUAGUCAUGAUCACUUUAUUCUUUAUUCUUUAUUCUAUUCUUCAUCGUAUCCUAAAUUGUAUCUUAAGCCAAAACCACAUGAAGCAGCCACGAAUGGACAGGAUGACUUCACUCUGUGUGUCUGUAUGUAUAUAUAUAUAUAUAUAUAUUAUAUCACCAGCCUGAUUAAUCUAAAAACAGGAGAUCCCAGCAGAUUCCUGAUGAAAAUGGAUACAUCAAAUCUGCUUUGAUGCAGCGAGGAGGAGGGGUAGUUAAACCCGUUGGACUGCAUAGCCGAGGUUUGUGGGUCUCUUCCUUUUGGAACACGUGCCCCCACCAAUGUGUAAACUAAAUGUGAAUUACCAACCAACAAUCUACGGUUGGAUCAAAAUCGUUGAGGCAUGAAGUGGGCUCAGCAGUGGAUACUACAGUACUGGUUCAUCACAGAGGGGCUUUUCCAAAGCACGUCAUGUUGCUACGACCCAAAAAGUCACUUCAUGAGGUGUAGAGACCUUUAAAAAGGUUUAUUGUGCAGCUUUAAAAAAA